GUGGCGCCCAUUCUGAUCAUAGUGUAACUUAUAGCUCCGUAUUGGGAUAUUGUACUUAGUUUACUUUGAAAAACUUCAUGUGCCAAAAGAAGGGACACUGUGAUUAAAUCAGUAUUAUUAACUGCAAUUUGUGUUAAUUAAAAAAAAUCACAUAUUGAUAGAAAAAAGUAUAUGUGACUACAGUAACAAAUGAUGAUAGUGUCAUUUAGUGUAUGAGACUUCAACGCAGCAAGGUGUUACAGUACACCAAGUAUUGUGUGAUACAGUGUUGAAUUGACGGUGCACCUGCUCUGUGUCACCGUUCAUGCGCAAGUCGGUAGGUACCUGUAGAGUGCCGCUCGUAGCGCCGCGGUACCUGGUGAUGUGCUUCACCGGGCGGCUUUAGAAACCGCAAGAUUACCGCCGGGAGGAGAUCCAGCAGCGGUGGCAGCGGGGGCACAGGCAGGCUCCGGGCUGCCACUGCUGCUGUUGUGGCAGACGCCGACGCCGGCAUGGAUCGUCGCUCGAGAUCGCCCAUGAAAAAGCCGGAAAUUAAACGGCGUCCGCUGAGCAUCACGCGCCGCCGCCGCACCUCGGUGGAUGAGGGCCGCCAGGUCACACACGCUCGCAAAGAGUUCGUUGCGCACGGAGCCAAUGUGAACUGCCUGGCGUUGGGUCACAAGUCCGGCCGGGUUCUGGUCACCGGCGGAGACGACAAGAAGGUCAACCUAUGGGCGGUGGGCAAACCCAACUGUAUCCUGAGUCUAUCAGGCCACACAACACCAGUUGAAUGUGUGCGUUUUGGUGGAUCCGAGGAACUGGUGUGCGCCGGGUCCCUGAGUGGUGCACUGAAGAUAUGGGACCUGGAGGCCACCAAAAUUGUCCGGACACUGACCGGACACAAAGCGAACAUCAGGUGCAUAGACUUCCACCCAUAUGGGGACUUCAUUGGUACAGGCUCCCUUGACACAAACAUUAAGCUGUGGGACAUUAGACGGAAAGGUUGCAUCUUCACAUACAAAGGGCACAACCUAACAGUCAAUAGCCUGAAGUUUUCCCCAGAUGGUCAGUGGAUAGCAUCUGCUGGAGAAGAUUGCAAUGUGAAGUUGUGGGAUCUUCGAGCUGGCAAAAUGAUGACAGAAUUUGCCCAACACACUGGGCCUGUUAGUGAUGUAGAAUUCCAUCCUCAUGAAUUCUUAUUAGCCUCUGCAUCACAUGAUAGAACUGUAAACUUUUGGGAUCUAGAGAAAUUUUCUCUAGUCUCAUCCACAGAUGCUGAUACAGGACCCAUCAGAACAAUUGCCUUUCAUCCUGAUGGUGAUUGCCUGUAUGCAGGAUCUCCUGACAUUCUCAAGGUGUAUGGCUGGGAGCCUGCCCGUACAUUUGACACAGUUGCCAUGGGUUGGGGCAAGAUUCAAGAUAUUGCCAUUGCCCAAAAUCAGCUUAUUGGAGCAGGUUUUCAUGGUGUGCAUGUGUCUCUCUAUGUGGUUGAUUUGAAGAGGGUUCAGCCCUUUGGUGGGCCCCAGCAAGACGUCCCAUCAACUUUCAGACAUGGUGCAGCUAUACGCAAGAGUUUUAUCAAGGACAAAAACUCUGGAAAGGCUACAGCGGAAUCCAUGAAGACCGAAGAAGCCUCAGACACAGGUGGUGAGGAGCCGCAGGAGGAGGACCCGCCUCCAGAGAUCACAAACCUAAAUGAUUACAAUUCAAUCUUCCAGACCAGGAGAGAGUUACAGAGAACACCACCUCUUCCUGAGCCCAAACCUCCCAUUAACAAUAAUAAUGAUCCAAUGGUACCUCAAGUUAUGACCAGCCCCGAUGUCAUUCGUCCUGAGCCUUUGAGAGCUAUGCCAAUACCAACUACUAAACCUUCAACUCCUGACUCAACACGAAGAGGAUCAUCACACACUGUGUCGCAUUUGCCGAGGCCUAUACCAACGCCAAGAGAAAUUAUCACUCCUAGGGAUUAUUCACUAAGUGGAAAUGCAAGCCCUAACUUGAGUCAGCCAUACAGAGCUCGUGCAGUGUCUGAGAGUAGAAGAGAUUCAAGAGAGCCUUCCAGUUCUUCACAUGAAGCAGAAGGAAAUAGUUUUGACAGGUAUGCUAUCAGGCACAGCCCAUCUGAACCUUACCUGGUGAGACAGUCCUCUUCACCAGGCCCUCCAGUCUCAUCACCAGCAUACCAUGAUUCAGCACCACACUUACCACAGCUUCCUCGACCAGAUCUUACGAAUCUUAACCGAACACAAGCUUCAUCGAAACCUGACCUUACCUCUCAUUCCAAGCCUAUGGACCGGCCAGCCUUAGUAAAACCUACAUCAAGGGUUCAUGGACCUCAGAGCCCUGAUGUGUCAUAUCUAAACACUCCCAAGAAUAUCAGUCCAGAUAUAUCAUAUAUGGGAACACCCAAGGAACCUCCAGAUUAUGGUUAUAGUCAAGAUAAAAUGAAUGACAUUGAAUAUAGCUCCUCAUACUCAACAGAUAAUGGAACUAUCAACUUUGAGGACUUUUUACCAAACAAGCUGAGUGGACUAGGGUUUGGCAGCAAUGGUGUUACUGGUAUUGCAGGAAAUGAAAUGUCAGAACAAGAAGUUUUAUCCAGCAUUAUGCGUGGUCAUUCUUCCAUGAUGUCUGUCAUAUCUGCACGGACAAGGGGGCUACAAGUCACACACAAACUGUGGCAGACAAAAGAUUUGAAAACUGCUGUAGAUCAUGCACUGAACUCUGGAGACCAAGCAUUACUUGUUGAUCUUCUUGGAAUUAUUAACCUAAGACCGUCAAUAUGGAACUUGGAUCUUUUAACUGCUUUAUUACCACCUGUAAGUCUUCUGCUACAGAGUAAAUAUGAAAUGUAUGUAACCUGUGGUUAUAAUGCUCUGAAGCUCAUGAUAAAAAACUUCGCUGUUAUGAUCAAGUCCAAUAUGUCUGGUCCAAUACAUUCAGUAGGAGUCGAUAUAUCAAGAGAGGAAAGGUACAAUAAGUGUAUAGAAUGCUACAACCACAUGAUGUCAAUCCGAGCCUUCCUUCUUAAACGACAAACUGUUCCAGGGAAGUUAGGACCUAUGUAUCGAGAGCUAGUAAUUUUAAUGCAAGCAUUUGAAUAACUUUUUUUUCCUUUUUUAUGGGGGGGAAGACUAGCCUUGCAUAUAAACUGAAUGAGAGAGAGAGAAUAAAAGAUCUCGUCAUUCUUGCAUUAGUGUUGCUUCUGGAAAAUCAUCAUGCCCAGAAAACCAUGAUUACAAGGAUAAGGUAAAUAUAUUGAUUAUCCUUCACCAUACUAGAAAAAAUAGGUGCUUGGUAAUGGAAACAUACUCAAAUUCUGCUUGAGAACAAGAAUUUUGGUGAACAUGAUGGAAACAUUUAUCCCAAAUUUUUUUUGUGUAAAACUGCACUUUAGCAAUGAAUGUAGGUGCUUCAUAAACUUUUUUUAUGUAAUAUAAACAGAAAAAAUUAAUGAAGUUAAGAAAUGGGAUUCUCUUGACUGAGAGCAUCUUGGAGCCAAUCACAAAACUCUAUUCUCAAGUGUUUGUCAGUGUUGUCUCUGGCCAUUAUACAAUGACGAGGUGUAGUAAGUUUCGUACAGAUGUAUGAGUAGAUCAUUAAUUGUGCCUUCUCAUUUCCUACUCAAGUCUGUAUGUGAUAGAGCAGAGGUAGUCAGUCAUAUGCAAUAUUAUGGUAUCAGACAUGUUCCCUUCCUUUUGUGGCCAUGUCAUUUUCAAGGGUACGAUUAUGCAAGCUGUAUGAUUAUUGGUCAUUAAUGAGAAUGGUAUAUUAUCAUUCUUCACUACAUUCAUAUACAAGUAACCUGUGAGUUUAAGGAUUUCUCAUUAGCCAGACUUCUUUGUUAUUGAUGUAUUCAUAUAAUAAGUAUGAUAGAGUCAACAUUGUUAGCAAUGUUAUGACCUUGUCUUACAGCUUGUACACUACAUGGCCAUUACUUUGUCUCAUUUAGGGUGAAUUAUCAUUGAAAUAGUUGUUGCAGAGGGAAAGUACUAGUAAGUACAUUGUAUAACUUGUUAAUUUGUUAAUCAUGGCCUGCAUGAUGUUACAGUCAGGAAUCACAACCAUCCUUGUAACUCUAGAGGCUCUUUUGAUUUUUCUGGAUUGACUUUAUUUUUUUCCCUUUUGUAACAGAGCCAUGUUGCCCGCCUUGCCUUCUAGUCUUGGGCAUAAAUUCUUGACCCACCCCAUGAGCAUAAGUCUUUUUUCCUUCAGAAAUAAGAAAAGAGAAAGUGUUUCUCAAAAAUUUAGGUUUGAGCUUGUUGAAACUCUGCUCAAAGGUGAAUGAGAAUUUGUGUCUUGGUGCGCUCUAACCCUAUGAUCCCAUGGUAGGGUCAGUGCCAAAUAGCAUUACAUAAGAUCACUUUCUUUUGUAAACAUAGCAAAUCAUAUUUCUUGAAAGCUGGAUAAUAAGGCAAUGAUGACUGAUAUCAUUACUGGAUUAAUUUUAGAACAUUUGCUUGAAAAGGUAUUUUUCCAGGUUUGUGAUAUUAUUUUACUAUUUCUGAAAUCCUGAAAAUGUCACAGCUUUUCUAGUGAUGGAAAGCAAUGUUUAAGGAAGGAACUGUGCUCUACUGAAUCGCAACAGAUGCCAUUAUGGGUGCACCAGCACAUGGGUCAAAUAAAGGUAUAUUUAAUGCUUGCUUUCAGCUAUUUAUUUUUGCAGUCAGUAGUCCUGUGCCUUUGUUUUUUUUUCCCCUAAGUGAAAUGGAUAACAUUCUGUUCAGUUUUGAUAAUUUAAUAUAACUUUAAUGGCUGCAUGUAACUGGAUAGCCUGCUAUAGAUAUAUACAAUAUACAUUUACAGAGUUAUGUUUUAUAAGCAUUAAUAAAGGAAUAAACUUUGUAUAUAUAAAUUCAGUUAACAUAGCACUGUUUAAUUUUUGUUUUAAAAAAUUGCAGAUAUCUCAGUGUGAUGGUUAAGUAACCAGGUUUUAAAAAUGCUUUUGAAAUGCUGGAUGACAUUCAUUAAGUAUAAUUCCAUCCAUGUAAUAAAGGUACUCAUCUUCACCAUAACAUCAUCAAAAUCCCAUGUUGGCACGUGUUUAAAUGACUGCUGAUUAGGCCAAGUUGUUACACAAGUUAACAUCAACUUACACCCAUUCCAAAGUAACAAAAUGACUUAACCAAAUAAGUUAGCAUAAGUUUUUAUUUAACCUUAAGUAAUGGCUGUGUUGAAGGGUUAAACAAUAUUUGUUUAUUAAUUUUACACAUUAUCAUUCAGUUCUGAUGGAAUAUUGAUUAUGCUUUCUGUUAUUUUUAUGGAUAUAUGUGGUUGCAAAUGCCUAAUCGUUGGUGCUCACAGUAAUUAUGGCUAAAAUAGAUCUCAAAAGUGUUUUGUUUGCUUCAAAGAAUUUUUUUUCUUUACAGUGCUUUCACUCGUAUGAUAGUUUAGCAUGCUUUAUGAAAAGGAUCUGUUGAUAGUGUGUCUGUAAGUGAACAGUAUCAUUCAUAUUCCUGUAUAUCCAUUUUCACAAUAUCAGUCUUUUUUGAUGGAAGUGACAAUAACACUUAUUGGUUUUAUCAUUAUAUUAACAUCUUGAUCUGUCAUAAUGAAGUGACAAGAUAUGGAAAGUAUUUAUACUGUAAAUAAUAUGGUGUACAUAAUUUGUGAUAAUAAAAAUAUUGUUAAUUUC